GGAGGAGGAGGUGUGGUUCAGGGGGCUGUUUGCUCCCUGAAGCGGUCUGCAGGCGCGCAUGAGUCCGGCGGGUCUUAGCGUGGUUUGGGUCGGGCGAACGGAGCCCAAACAGAGGCGUGUUGGGCUGCAGGGCGCGGUUCUGGGUGCCGAUGCGGCUGCGCUCAGCGCUUUCUGGGGCGAAUGCGUGAAGGACUCUCCGCCCUGCCUGUGUUCGCAGCGGUGCAGCGAGGCGGAACAUCUGCGCUCCGGGUUCUCAGCCUACAUUCAUUAGUGGCUGAUUUUUUUCCUGCGUGUUGAAGUGAGGCCAAGAGCUCAGGAGCCAUGGAGCUACGCGUGGGGAACAAGUACCGCCUGGGGAGGAAGAUAGGCAGCGGAUCCUUCGGAGACAUCUACCUUGGUUCAAACAUCGCGACAGGAGAGGAGGUAGCCAUCAAACUGGAGUGUGUGAAGACCAAACACCCGCAGCUCCACAUCGAGAGCAAGUUCUACAAGAUGAUGCAGGGAGGAGUGGGAAUUCCCUCCAUCAAGUGGUGCGGGGCGGAGGGAGACUACAACGUCAUGGUGAUGGAGCUGCUGGGCCCCAGUUUGGAGGACUUGUUCAACUUCUGCUCCCGCAAGUUCAGCCUGAAGACCGUCCUGCUGCUGGCUGAUCAGAUGAUCAGCCGAAUUGAAUACAUCCACUCCAAGAACUUCAUCCACAGAGAUGUGAAACCCGACAACUUCCUGAUGGGCCUCGGGAAGAAGGGCAACCUGGUCUACAUCAUCGACUUCGGCCUGGCCAAGAAAUACCGGGACGCCCGAACACACCAGCACAUCCCCUACCGUGAAAAUAAGAACCUGACCGGGACGGCGCGCUACGCCUCCAUCAACACCCAUCUGGGCAUCGAGCAGUCCAGGCGAGACGACCUGGAGUCUCUGGGCUACGUGCUCAUGUACUUCAACCUGGGUUCCCUGCCCUGGCAAGGACUCAAAGCUGCAACCAAGAGGCAGAAGUACGAGCGCAUCAGCGAAAAGAAAAUGUCCACCCCCAUCGAGGUGCUCUGCAAAGGAUACCCCUCGGAGUUCUCCACUUACCUGAACCUGUGUCGCUCUCUGCGGUUUGACGACAAGCCUGACUACUCGUAUCUGAGGCAGCUCUUCAGGAAUCUUUUCCACCGACAGGGCUUCUCCUACGACUACGUCUUCGACUGGAACAUGCUGAAGUUUGGUUCCAGCAGGACAGCAGAGGACGGGGAGAGGGAGAGGAGGGAGGGGAAAGAAGGGGAGGAUCGAGCAGGAGUGGGCCAGAGAGGAGCGGGAGGUCGGGCCUUACCUCCGGGUCCGAACCCCUGUGCCGCCAACAGGGUGAGGAACGAGCCCGACGCUGCUCCUUCCAACCAGGCGUCGCGGGGAGCCCAGCCGUCAGGGAACCGUUCCCCCCAGGCAGGGAGAGCAGAGAGAGCCGAACGAGAGAGGAAGGUGGCCAUGAGGCUUCACCGCGGCGCCCCCGCCAACGUCUCGUCCUCUGACCUCACUGCACGCCUCGACCAAUCACGCAUCACUGCCUCACAGGUCAGUGUGCCGUUUGAACAUCUGGCAAAGUGAGGUUCUCCUGGCGGGCCUGCAGCAACUGAAGGGCAUCUAACACCCGACUUUUCAAAUAAAAAUGAACGAAUGAAGACAUGAAUGAGUGAAGGAGGAAGGGGCAGCGCUGUGAACAAGGACCGAGAGCGUCUGUCCGUGUGUCUGCCGGUUUGCCACGUGAGCAUGCGCAGUGCCAAAGCCCUGGGGGAUGAUGGGAAACCAGCGAGAAGAAGAAGAACCUCCAUUCUGGACCUGCUUAGAGCUGCUCUUCAAACUAGCGUUGGUGAAGAAAGCUGGGUGCAACAUUACAAAGGCCUCAGCCCGACUUCGCUCUUAUUCACCUUCACAUCGACACAGAGGCUCAAUACGCACAAAAAGGAGAAAGAAAACAUAAAAGUGCACAAAAAGGACUAAAUUUACACAACUCUGGUUUAUAUGUGUGAGCUGGGAAAAAAAAUCUGGAUUUGCCUUUGUUAGAGCGCUAAACUGGCUGCUUCUGGUGUAAUUUAUUCUAAUUAGAUCCACAGCUGAAACCAUAUUCUGGAUAAAGAGACACAGCCUUUAGUUUCACUGUCUGACAUUAAACCAGACUAAACCUUUUCUGUUGUAGCUCAGUUAGGAUUACAUGAUUUCAAUUUGCAAAAUGUCUGAAUAAUGAGAGAAAGAAGAGAAGAUCUUUAUUUGUCACAUGAGGAUCUUUCCUCAUCAGUGUGUCUGUCCCUCCUGCAGCAAAACACCCCCACAUCAUGAUGAUGAUGAUGCCUCCAUACGUCACAGUUAGGAUGGUGUUUAAGGUUUCCAAGCUUCCCCCUUUUUCUGAAUUUAUUGCUGGUCCUCAUGUCUAAACAUUUCAGUUUUCCUUUCAUCAAAUUACAGCACAUACCUCCAGACAUUUAAGUCUUUGAGUUAAUUUAAAAACCAUAAUCUGGUUUCUGCUGCAGCCUUUAGACUGACGGCUUCUUCCUCUCUGAGCGGCCUUUCAGCCCAUGUGGGUCCAACCUGACUGGUGGAGAUCCACAAUACUCCUCCUGAUGUGUUGGCCGAUUUAUUUAGAUGCCUCCAUAGAGUCCCAUAAGGACAUGGAGAGUCUGAGGUGUUGGCUUGAGAUGGAACCACAGGUGAGCCUCCAUUUCACCCAGAUGUUGUGAUUGAACAUAUCAGAA